CGUCGUCUCAUAACAAAACGGUUCGCGUGGUAAACAAAACCUUUGCCGAAAUAUACAUAAAACAGUGAAUUUGUUGAAAAUAAAUCUUAAAAAAAAAUACUUAAAUAGCCGUUUCAUGAAAAAUUAAAAGAAAUCACAAAGAAUUAACAAAAUAUGCAAUGUGUAAUAUAAGAAAGGUAUAACAUAAAGACAAUGAAGUUACAAGUGUGUGGCAAGUUGCUAGUGUUAUUCAAAGUGUUUUGCAUAAACGUCAUAAAAGUUGAAUAAAUAGCUGAUAGGGGUUAUUAAUAAACAACAGAAAAACAUAUUUCCUAUUUAAGAUUUAACCAUAUGCUGCUUAACUAAAAAUACACAACUUGAAAAAAUUCCCUUAUUCCGGAUAUAUAAUUUUCAAACUAAAUAUGUACAUAUGGAUGGCAUUAUAAGAAACAGGGAUGAUUUGACGUCAACUUUCUGCCAGACACCCACUUUGCCGAGGCAUUUUAGAAAGUUCAAUAGGAAUUUAUGCAGACAACACGCAUGAAUGAAUCUGAAAUCAAAAAUAAUCCUUGCGGAAGUUAAUAACAGGAAGGACAAAACAAAAACACCCACGCAAUUUACCAUCAAUUCUUAUUAACCCGCUGCCUCGUUGUUGCCAUGAACAAAACAAAAUCAACAAGUCACAUUAAUUUUUAAUAUUUAACAACCAUAUCAGCAUAGCGCCAUCAUCAUACGUAUGCUGGCAAAGAACCUUUUAACGUACAGCGAACUUUGUCGGUUUAGAGAUAUGGAGAAGAAGUGAGGCAAGCAAAAAAGUGGGGACACUGUGGUAUCCUCUUUAACAACCUACUCAUAGCAUACUCAAUGAAACAACCUAAAGUGUUGCAAAUGCGACUUUUAUUACAGAUGUUGGCCGCAACAUUAACGCUUCAACUGGGCUAACAACAUCAAUUACUGCAGGAAAAACAGCAGCAGCAGCAUCAAUGGCGUUAUUAUUAAACCCAUUCUCAAUCUAAGCAACAGGCUGAAGUGUCGUCUACUACCCGCCCUUGUCAUCACAGCUAAAUGUCCAUGGGAUGCGCCAUCAACAUCACUUGGUGGCUAUUGGCUGGCAAUAAGAUUGGCGGCGACUGCGGCAUGUUGGCAACAAUCAACAAGUUGCCACUAAAUACAAUUUGUUAUUGUGAGUGCAUGAUAAAUCGAUUAUUUUAAUAGAGUCAUACGCAUUUUGCAUCCCAGCAAGGAUGAACUCCUGCCGGCGCCACCAUCUCCCCCCCUCUUCCCAUUGAAGACUCUGUGCAUUGAAGCUAUGAAGCCUCGCCGAAAGCCACUUACAACCUCCCACUGCUUCGAUAAUAGCUGCUGGCAGACAACAACGGCCCUUCCAUAAAAUGUGCCAUAUACAAAGUUUCUCAUAAUUAUCUGCCACAGACACUGACGUCUAAAAGUUGAUGACAGCACAACACCCUGCUGUGAUGCCAAGGUGGUUUGGGGCAGGCAGAAUAUUUUAAUUAUUGUGUUAUCAACAGGCAAACAAACACAAAAAACAAAAAACGUCGAUUCAGUGACGAUAACGAAGCCGAUAAGUCAAGACAAGGUAGCAGGGUGCUAAAGUGAACGCAGAAAUGUCUACCUUCCCUUCCACCAUGGUGCUAUAUUGGCGACAACAAGCGUCAUCUCGUCAUCAUCCUCACCACUACCCCCAUUUGUAACGAUAAUGUCAUCAAAAUUGUCCCUAGCAAUGAAUGCACUCUGUUACAUUUUCCAAGGAUCUGUACUCGAAGUGCCCCAAUGAUAAUGGCGUCAUUCUUUGGCAUAACCCAAGAAGUGCAUCCUUGAACAUCGUCUUCCUGUGUGGACAAGAAUUCAAAUAUGUCAUUUAAAAGCACUUGGCUUGAUGGCUAGUAAGCAACAAGUAUCUAGUUGUCAAUGCAUCAGCAAGUAGAACAGUUGCUAAAGGCGCAUAUAAUCGAAGCACUUGAUGGGGGAAUCAUAGAAAAUGACACAGAAGAGUAAAGAAACUUUUAAUUAAUGAAAUUAAAAAGUAUUAAACGUAUACAAGUUGAAAAAGUGUAAUUCGAUAAUUAUCGAUAAAUGACAAUUUAACUAAAACAAGCUCUUGUAAAUAAACGAAUUAGAAAAAAAUAUGGUAAAAUAUAAAAAAAGUCAAUUAAAAACGAAAAAAAUCGUUUGAAAUGACAUCGAUAACAGUGGAAAUAAACACUAUUCUUACGCUAUGGAUAAAAAAUGAUAGUAAAGUUUAAAAUGUGUGUAAAAGGUAAAAAAUAGUGAAAUUGAACUUAUGGAUGACAAUCGGUUCAUUGACAAAUUGUUUAUAAAAUAAUAUUCACUGCAAAUUGGAACAUACACAACACUAAAAAUAAAAUAAAGAACAAUAAGAACAGUUACAAAGGAUUAUCGAUUCCAAAUUCAGUUUCAAGUGAAAAAAGUGAUAGUGGUGUUCAGCAAUCGAAUAAGUUUGAAGAACAUAAUGAAUGCGUUGACCCAACAUCGACACCACAAACCAUUAACCAAGACUAUAAUACCGAUGGUGAAGGCCAAAGUAAAUAUAUAUCGAUAACAACUGAAAGUUCCACAGAAAUCCAAACAGGCCUAAAAAAUGGCCAUGAACAUAAUUCUUGUACACCAUUACCAUUACCGAUAAACGCAGUGAACCUCAUAAAAGAACUAAUUUACUGACAAAUAAUAAAUUAUCGAUAACUUUUUGUGAAACUGAUUCGGAUGCGAAAACUUUCAACAGCAAACAAUCACCAAAGACUAUCUCAAAAACAAGCAACAAAUCAAAAACAAACAAAAUCAUAAACUUGCAUGAAAAGUUAUCGCUGAAAGCAAAUUUGGUGCUUGAUCAAUCAUUUUCGAUGACUGCUGUACAAACAAGCCAACCAUAUCGUAAUGGUCUAACCACAGCUUCCGUUUUAAUAGAAAAUAUCGAUGAUACAGCGAUACAAAAAGUCAGGGAUUUAAAUAUAUCGGAAAAAACUGAAAUGGCUUUCGAUAACUUUAAGGGACAACAAUCUAGAGAGUUGCCACUUAAUGCCAAGCCUAUACGUAUAAUUAAAAGAAAUUGCAGUCUUCCUAGUGUUAUAAGCGAAAAAUUAUCGAUAUCCAAUGCAAACGAAGCAAACAAAAUUGCAAAUAAAGAAAAUUUUGCCCAAAAUGAAAGGGAUCUGAUUAAAUCAUUAUGUGAAGGCCAGAGUGAAGGUGUAGAAAAAUUAUCGAUAACAAGUGAAAAUCAAGACAAAAAUGGUUUAGAAAACAUUGACAAUAGCGUGGCUAAUGAUCUUAGAAAUUCCUCAGGUGAUGUUAAAACAAAUUGCCAUGCAAUUUCUUUGGAAGUUCUGCCAUCUACCAGUAAUCGGACUAAAAAUAUCGAUGAUGAACCUUCUCCAGUGCUCAAUUGUGAAGAGAAUUAUUUGUGUUUUUGUUCGCCUGCUUCUACUUCGGGCAUUUUGUCUGUCUUCGAAAAAGGCUAUGUUCUGGGAUUGGCCUCUGAGCAAGGAGUCAAUGGGGAGGACAGCGAUGGUGAUGACAAUGAUUUGCCAAAUUAUUCCCAAAGUUGUGUAUACGAGCAGAGAAUUAUCGAUUUUGAGAAUUUUCGCAUUAUCGAACAGGUAGUCGAUAGUAAUUGUGAGGGUAAACAUGAGGAAAAUAAUACAGCAAGGUGUCACAAUGGCCCCGAAAAUAACACAAAGUCGACACAAAACCCCCAAAGGUGGCAGGAAAUCUUUCAAAUAUUGCCGGAAACUUUGGAUAUCAAAGAUAAGGCAUUAUCUAAACCUAAAGAAGAUGAACAGAAAACCCCAAAUGUUCAAAAUCAAGUUGAAGUACCUAAAGAGCCAAGCUCUAGUUCUAGUGUGACAACAGCUGAUCUAGCUAUCGAUAACAAUUCGGAAAAGUUGUUAUCGAAGCAACAGCCUACAAAUAAAUGCCAUAACACUGAAAAAUCUAUCGAAAUUAAACAUCCCAUCUAUACAAAUCCUUCCAUAAAUUUCUCAUGCUCCGAACUGGUGUCAUUUAUCGGUGAUAGUUUCAAACUUAUCGAUAGUGCUCAGGCCUUGUACAAAAAUGAAACGAAAGAGUGCAAAGAAUUUGUUCCUCGCCAUUUGGCUAAAACGAAAUCUAAAGAAGUGGCCCUGCCCUCGUCCUCCUCAUUGGGAAAUUCUCCUUUUCGCCGCUCGAAACGUUCAUUUCCUACGGUUGCGGGUAAUCGUUAUGCGUCGAAUAAUCGUUCGGUGGACGAUAACAAUAAUACGCGUCGUUAUACGGGCAUUACAGCCGCGGAACGUCUUAUGCAAAGUUUGAAUUGUGAAGUGUCCCGCGAGUUGGCUACGGCUGCAGCGCGAAAGGACAGACGUGAGGGCAAAGCCAAGGGCAACCGGAGCAACAACAAUGCAAGUGACAAAAAUGCCUCUGGCACACCUACAAAAACUUUGCUGAAAGCCUUAAAAUCAAAAUUGACACCAUUGGCACCACCUUUUCAGCCCUCCUCAACAACAACAACAACAAGGGCUGAGUUGCAUGAUACAGCAACGAAAAAUGGGGAAGUCGCAUCUUCUAAUCCACCUGCUACCUCUUACAGCUGCUCCUCCGGCUCCUCCUCCUCAGCAACUGCUACAUAUUUAAACUAUGAGCAGACCACCAUAUACUAUCAACAGCAGCAGCUACAACAGCAGCAACAAAUGCAGCAUCAAAAUCAGCAACAAUUACUGGUGCAUUCGCCACUGAGUAGUUUGAUGUAUAACUUUCCAACGACAGCGACACAGCAACAGGUGUCACCGGCCAAUCUGGGUCAUCAUCAACAGCAAACACCAUUUCCCCUUGGGCAGCAGCAGCAACAGCAUAUCCUGGUGCCACAACAGCAGCAGCAACACUUUUUGCCUCAUCCCCAUCAUCACCAUCAGCAGCAUUGUGCUCAGAAUAUUUUGGCCAUGAUGGGCCAGGGUGUACCACACAUACACCUGCCUGCUUCGGGCCCAGCAACAAAUAGUGGCAAUUUCUCAGCCUCAACUGCUGUUGUGCCCCUGGGUCAAUCUCUGCUUCCUGGAGGCUUGACUGCCUCCGGUCACACCCAUAUUCUGCCGGUUCAUUUAGUCUCAACCAUGGCAGGUGGUGAUAUGGUCUCAUGGCCUAUGGUGGAAACAGCUGCAGCAUCUUCGAGUUGUGGCUCGCCUGCUGUCAGUGCUACUCUUUUUAUGGACUCAAAUGGUGACUUACAUUCCAUUUGUCCUGCCCAUGGACCUCCAGCUAACACCUUGACUUUGGCCUCCACUCAACCGCACAUGACAGCAGCAUCGAUUCCUUUGGCCUCACCCCCUAGUGGUGCAGUUACGCAUGCCUUAAAUACCACACAAUAUCCCACGGCUGCAUAUCAACAACAAAUGCUGGCUCUCAGCAAUCAUCACCACAAUCAUCUUCAGGGACCGCAAGCACCAUCCCUUCAACAGCAACAUCAGACUAUAACACCUCAAGCUUCGACCAUUGCUUUGGUCAAUGGGCCAUUGCGUUUCAAAGCAACAUCUAACUGCAAUAAUUUUGUAACCACAUCGUCAUCUUGUCCAGUAGAUGCAGCAACUUCAGCACACUCCUCGACACCUACACCGCGUGUUGUUCUUCAAUUGGAUGCUGGUGCCUCAUUGCCGUUGCAGAUCUCCGGGAAAAGGAAACUAAUUCAAGAAAUACCACUGCAAUCCUUAACCACACAACAACUGAAGAGAGAGAUAAUGGAUAUCGAUGUUAAAUCGAAAAAACCAACUAUUUUCAAUUUGAACAUAAAUGCUUUCUAUUGUCAUGAUCUCUCAUACCACAUUAGCUAG